ACGUAUUAUGUCUUUCUUGGAUAGCACUAUAGCAGUGAAUCCUCCUUGGGCAAUAUAUUCAAAGGAAUAUAUGCAUUUAUGGAAACUUUCAUAUAAUUAUGACUGGAUUUUAGCUUUUUGGUAGAAAAUCUGGACGUAUUGUUUUCUUGUCAAGUCGAUAAAUUACCUGUAAAAGAUUACAUACAGAGCAUGAUGGUAAGAUACUUACCAAAAAUGUAUUUGAUGGUUUUCUUGGGACAAAAUACUAAUCAGCUAUAAAUUCUGCAAUCUUUCACCCUUGUUCAUACACAUUAAUUCGCCACAUUUAAUUUUAUAACAAUUAAAAUGGCUGCUAAUCUUAAGGAGCGGUUGGAUGAAGCAUUAUCCACUCACCAAAAUGAGAUCCUUAUGUUUUUCUCAAGAGUUGAGACGCACGGGAGAGCAAUCCUUCAGCGUCAACAGUUGCUUGCUGAAUUUGAAGGGAUAAAACUUGCUGAUGGGUUUUUUGCUGAAGUUAUAAGAUCCGCUCAGGAAGCAAUAGUUUUCUCUCCAUCAAUUGCUCUUAUUAUUCGUCAGAAUCCUGGUGUCUGGAACUACAUUUCUUUUGACAUCAAGAAUAUCGUCUUUAAGGAACUGACAACGGCAGAGUUUCUGAGACUGAAAGAGAUGGUGGUUGAAGAGAACUUGAAGGAAAAGUUUGUACUGGAACUGGAUUUUGAGCCGUUCACUGGAUCAUUAAACCUUCCAUCUCUUACCAAGUCAAUUGGAAAUGGGGCUGAGUUCCUCAACUGCAGCCUUUCUGCUACAAUGUUCAAUGACAGAAAACGCCUGGUUUAUCUUCUUGAUUUUCUCCGAGCUCACCACUAUAAAGAGAAGUCCUUGAUGUUGAAUGACAGGAUUCAGAACUUGAAUUCUCUUAAGUCUGCAUUGUUGAUGGCACAAGAACAUCUGCUUACCCUUGUUCCUACUACUCCAUACUCUAAGUUCGAGCAGAAGCUACAGGAGAUUGGAUUUGAAAGAGGAUGGGGUAACAAUGCUGAGCGUUCUUUGGGUAUGAUCACCCUACUUCAAGACCUCAUAGAUGCUCCUGAUCCAUGUACCCUCGACAAGUUUCUUAGCAAAAUUCCUUUGGUUUUUAACCUCGUAAUUCUAUCACCUCAUGGUUACUUUGCCCAGGAGAACGUCUUAGGCUAUCCUGAUACUGGUGGCCAGGUGGUGUAUAUCUUGGAUCAAGUUCGCGCAUUGGAGGCUGAAAUGCUUCAACGCAUUCAGGAACAAGGACUUGACAUAAUCCCUCGAAUCCUUAUUGUUACUCGUCUGCUACCAAACGUGGUGGGUACUGCCUGUGGACAGCGCCUUGAGAAGGUAUAUGGGACCCAGAACUGUGACAUCAUUCGUGUGCCAUUCAGAACAGAGAAAGGAAUCGUUAGAAGAUGGAUUUCAAGAUUUGAAGUUUGGCCUUACCUAGAGACUUUCACUGAGGAUGUGGCAAAUGAACUUUCCAAGGAGCUGCAGACCUCACCUGAUUUGAUAAUUGGAAACUACAGUGAUGGGAACAUGGUAGCCUUACUUUUAGCACAUAAACUAGGUGUAACAAUGUGCACGAUUGCUCACGCUCUAGAGAAGACAAAAUAUCCAAAUUCAGACGUUUAUUGGAAGAAAUUUGAGGAUAAGUACCACUUUUCCUGUCAGUUUACAGCUGAUCUUCUUGCCAUGAACUACACGGACUUCAUCAUCACUAGUUCUUUUCAAGAGAUUGCUGGAAAUAUGAACAAAGUAGGACAGUAUGAGUCACACAUGGCGUUCACUCUUCCUGGAUUGUUUCGAGUUGUGAAUGGGAUUAAUGUAUUUGAUCCCAAAUUUAACAUCGUCUCACCAGGAGCUGACGCGUCCGUCUACUUCCCUUACACUGAAAAGAAGUUGAGAUUUAGCCAAUUAAAUCCCGGGCUUGAAGAAAUGCUUUAUGGCUCUGUUGAGAACAAGGAACAUAUGUGUGUACUAAAGGACAGAAACAAGCCAAUCAUAUUCUCAAUGGCAAGACUAGAUCGAGUGAAGAACAUUACAGGACUUGUUGAGUGGUAUGGAAAGAGCAAUAGGCUCCGGGAAUUGGUAAACCUUGUAAUAGUGGGUGGAGACCGGAGCAAGGAGUCUGAGGAUAUUGAGGAGAGGGAGGAAAUUAAGAAGAUGUAUCAACUGAUAGAAAAAUACAACUUGAAUGGGCAAUUUAGGUGGAUUUCUGUUCAGAUGAGCAGGAUGAAAAACGGUGAACUUUACAGGUAUAUAGCAGAUACAAAGGGAGCAUUUGUUCAGCCUGCUGUUUACGAAGCCUUUGGGUUAACUGUCAUAGAAGCAAUGACCUCAGGGCUGCCAACUUUCGCGACUUGUAAUGGUGGUCCUGCUGAGAUUAUAGUUCAUGGAAAGUCCGGGUUUCAUAUUGAUCCUUACCAAGGUGACAAAGCAGCUCAACUAAUAGUUGAUUUCUUUGAUAAGUGCAAGGUUGAUCCUACCCAUUGGGAGCUUAUCUCAAAGGGAGGACUAGAACGAAUUCAAGACAAAUACACAUGGAAAAUAUACUCAAAAAAACUGCUCACACUUGCUGGGAUUUAUAGCUUUUCAAAGUAUGUUUCUAAGCCUGAUAAAAGCCAGGCAUAUCGCUACAUUGAGAUGUUGUUGGCCAUUGGUUAUAACAAGCUAGUUGAAUCAAUUCCCCUCGCUGUGGAGGACUAGAUGGUAAAGGAUAUUAAGAGCCUUGCACAAUUCUCUCUAUGAUUGCUCUAAAUAUGUUAUAUUUUAUAACUUCUUUCGGCUAUGGUUUCUAGAGAGUGUCAAGCAAUUGUGUAUCAUCACUUGAUGAUUGGAAAUGAUAAUAAACACAGAUUUCUUUGUCCCCCAUAUAUAUUUCAUAGGUUUACUUCAUUCUACUCAUAGAUUGAGUUGUUCUCAGCAAAUUUGUAUCCUCUUUAAUGAAUCUGUGAUGCAGGUAAGGCCUCGAGCAGAGCUAAUCAUGGGUGGAACGGCUCGCUAAGCCCGCUCCAUUCGGCCCGUUUAAAUAGCGGGCUUGGACACCAAUUUUGAAAAAUAAAAAUAAAAAUUUGGUCGGGCUAAGCCCGGCCCGUUAAUGUUAGAUAAUAUUUGUCCCACCUAACUUGUUUAUUAAAAUUGUGUAAUUUUAUUUUUUUUAUUUUUUAGGUUAGUUGUUUAUACUUGUAUUUUUUUUUAUUUGGAAAAAUUGUCAAAUACAACCUAAUAAAGUUCUCUCUUUGCCAAUUACAACCUCAAAUUUCUA